AGAUAUUAUCUGGUAAGAACAUCCUACGUACACCGGUUACAGCCAGACAUCGCUGAAAUUUUUGAUUUAGUUGCUAUGUAACACACUGUCGACAUCACAUUAUGUUUGGUAUGUUGUGAAAAGGUUUUAAAGCGAGAGAUUAACAGGAGCUCAGCUCAUUUUUAGACAGUUAAGCGUAAUGAAGAGAAGCGGUGUUAGUUCACUAAGAUUCCUCACAUUACUAAAACAAAUGUCCACAAGGAAACUAGAACAGCAAGAGAUGAGUUCAUUGAUACAACUCUAUAAGACGCCAUCGGGAAGACAUCCAUAUCUGUCUCGUUGGUCAAGAGAUGAGCCCGCACGACAUAUGGCAACGAUAGGCAACUCUGACCACUGGUCGAAACUGAAACACAAAACGGGAAUUUUAACUCUUGAAUGUGGUGAUGGUGGUGUGGCUUUCUGGAUUGAUCAUAACUUUAAAGAAGAACAAAGACGGUCACAGCUACUGCAACGACAACAUCAACAACAGAAUGAAAGUCUUUCGUCCAUUGGUCGGAGGAAAACAUUCAUAGAAACACAGAUCUUUUCUUUAGACAGCGAAAAGACUGGAACUACUUCAAGACGAAACGUAAAACGUGAAACCAGACGCAGUUCAGCAGCAAAUGAGCGAGCAAGAGCAGGAUUUCGUUACUGGAUUUUGGAUAAACCUGUGCAUAAAGGAAAGUACACCACUGGAGCAAAGACGUCCAUUUUGGGCAUAGGAAAAUCAUUUUUACCUUAAAGAGCAAAUUAUGAAUGAUUUGAAAACGAAACUUGUUAACUGCAAGCAACGACAACACAUUUAUAGUUUAUGAUUGUGCACUUAAAGAUACUUCAAUUUCUGCAAUUCAAUGUAGAGUUGAUACUGUCACGUUUAAAAUGACGCAUGCUAAAUUGCGUAUGUGUCUUAUUCUUGUGGCAUUGACAUUCACAUAUACUGUUCAUUAAAUCUAUGCCCAAUCAUGUUUUGCAUUUAUAUGUCGAUUCUAGUAUUGUAGUCUAUGUGAUAACUUGUUAAGAUCAGCGAUUAUAAAGGAUUAUAAUUAAAGAAAACAA